AUCCUUUCAGGGAAAUAGAUAUAGGCGUACACGUUGCUUGCCAAUCCCAAUACUAUCACCUGAGCUUAUCUAGGUGUUGCUUUAAUAGUAUACAAUAAACACCUGCAUAUAACUGCUUGUCCCUUAAUAUAUUUACAUAGCAUAUCUACCAUACAUAACGUACAACGUACCCUAUCAAUAUGACGAAAACCAAAUCACAACGCAAUCGCAAGGCCGUUGCCAUGCAGCAGGAGAAAGAACAGAAGACCAUUACACAGGCUAAGAAAGUAUUAGCCGAGAAGGUUGUAGCUGAGACCACAGUAUCUCUUGCACCUGGGGUGAAGCAAAGUGUAGUUAGUGAACUCAAUAAGAAGUGGACAAAUAAGCAGAGGGUAUUGAUCUUCUCAUCGAGAGGCACUAGUUUCCGAGCUAGACAUCUGCUGACGGACCUGAGGGAUCUGACACCGCACAGCAAGCACGAUGUUAAGCUGGACAGAAAGGACCAGCUGAGCAUUGUCAACGAGGUGUGCGAGCUCAAGAAUUGCAACAACUGUGUCUUUCUAGAGAUGAAGAAGAAGCAAGAUUUGUACAUGUGGCUGUCCAAGACCCCCAACGGUCCCUCUGCAAAGUUUCUGGUGGAGAACGUACACACUAUGAGUGAACUAAAGCUGACCGGAAAUUGUCUCAAGGGCUCGAGACCCAUCCUAUCGUUCGACAAGAACUUUGAUAACGAACCGCAUUGGGCGCUGCUCAAAGAGCUUUUGCUGCACUCGUUCGGCACACCGUAUCAUCACCCCAAGAGCAAACCGUUUGUGGAUCGUGUACUGAGUUUCUCCAUCGCUGACGGUCGUAUUUGGUUCAGGAAUUAUCAGAUCAUCAAAACUAUGGGACCCAAACGCACCACGGACACCUCUCUUGUUGAGAUUGGUCCUCGAUUCUGCAUCCAACCCAUCCGAGUUUUCAGUGGGAGUUUUGGCGGACAGACGCUGUAUGAGAACCCUGAAUAUAGAUCACCUAAUGAGCUUCGAUCAGAGAUAAAGAAUGCCCACAGCGAGAAAUACAAACUGAGGCAGAAUGCACAGGCCAAGUACGAUGAGAAGGUGGCCACGUUCGAUAUGCCCGAAGACCCUCUUGACGACAUUUUCAAGGCUUAGAAAAUACACUCGUUGGAAUAGGCCACUGGACCAUAUUCUUAACAUAUAAAUAAAUAUAGUAAAAGA